AUGCCAGCAACAAACAUUGACGGUACAAAAGCAGAUAUUGGCGGUUUUGUAGAUACAGUGAAUAAGAGAGUGUCUGGUAAAAUAUGGAAAGUUCAAAAAAAGGCAACUGUCCGUAACCAACAGCCUAAGCAACUUCGUAAAAGCUGGGAUGAACGUACUAAAGAAAGAGAGAGACAUAAUGCGGCCAAAGCACUAGAGAGACAGUUAAAGGAAGAGAAAAAAGCUGAAAUAGAGAGAAAGAAACAAGCGAAUUUAGAACGUAAGAAAAUAAAGGAAGAAAAGGAAAGACAAGAAGCUUUAGCAGCCAAAAUGUCAGCCAAGAGACUUGCUAGAUUAAGAAAGAGGGAGGCUAGAAAGAAGGCUAGAAUCUAA